AGUAUAUAACCCCACCAACGUCACUUGAUUUCUUCAUCGAAUCGACAUUUAACAGCACCGUGGAAAACCGCCAGAUUUUUGCUAGCUACAUAAACGAUAUUCGGAAAGUAAAUUUUCUUAAGUUUUAACUGUAACAGUAAGUGCCGAUGGCUGAUAAGAUGGAUAUGUCUUUGGACGACAUAAUUAAGCAAACUAAAAAAGGUGGUGGUGGUGGACGAGGAGGCCGCGGUCGAGCAACAUCUGGUCGAGGUGGAAGUGGAGGCCGACCCGGUGGAAAUGGCUCUGGAGGCCGGACCGGAGGAUCGGGGCCCAUGAGGAGUCGACAGAACUUCAGCGGAGACAGAAGUGGCAGCAGACCCACGCCAUACAGCAGGCCCAGAGAGUUGCCGGACAAAUGGCAACACGACAUGUUUGAUGGUGGCUUUGGUGGUAAUUCUGUCGGAGGAGGAGUGGGGGGUGGAGCUGGUGGCGUCGAGACUGGAGGCAAGCUGCUGGUCUCAAACCUGGACUUUGGUGUCUCUGAUGCAGAUAUACAGGAGUUGUUUGCGGAGUUUGGUACUUUGAAGAAAGCGGCUGUGCAUUAUGACAGGUCUGGACGCAGCCAAGGAACUGCUGAUGUCCAUUUUGAGAGGAGGGCUGAUGCACUGAAAGCCAUGAAGCAGUACAACAAUGUUCCGCUUGACGGCCGUGCGAUGAGCAUCCAGCAUGUCACGUCACAAAUCGAUACCCAGCGACGACAAACUUCACAAAGUUCAAACAGAGGAGCAAGUGGUGGCGGUUUCAACAGAGACAGAAUUGGGAAGCCAAAUUUCUCAGAACGGCGGAGAGGUGGAGACAGACGGGGUGGCGGUGGUUCCAGGGGCAGGGGGAGAGGUGGGCGUGGUGGUGGGAGCAAACAGCAGCAGUUGUCUGCCGAAGAGCUUGAUGCCCAACUCGAUGCUUACAAUGCCAAGAUGGAGACCAGUUAAAACUCCCGGAUGCACUUAUUUGAAUACCUCACCUCAGCCCCGCCCUUUAUUUCGACCUGUCAGAUCUGAAGCUGGAUAAAUAAUGGACUUGUUUGAACAAUGGACCUGAUGUUUUACACUUACUGUUCUUUGGUGUAAUUUUAAUGUAUGAAUGGAUCUUGCUUUUCUCCCUUUUUAAUAUUAUGAACUUUUUGUACCAUUUUAUUUUUUGGGAUGAUUGUAAUUUGAGGGGGAGUUUUUUUUAGUUACCCUCUGCCUCCCCCUUUCCUUGUGCAUAGUUGGAAUAAACCUACAAAAACAAACAUGA